AAAAAAAAAAAAAAAUGCAUUUGUGAGGGGUGUGCAAAGAAAAAAUGUACUUUUUCUUUUCUCCCGUAUCAACUUUUAUUACAACAUAGACAACUUUUCCCAAUUCAAUUCAGCAUGGCCAAGUCAAAAGCGAAACAAGCGCUUCCUCUCCAUAAAAUAAUUAUGGUGGGCUCUGGCGGUGUUGGUAAAUCUGCAUUGACACUGCAAUACAUGUAUGGCGAUUUCGUAGAAGAAUAUGACCCAACCAAAGCAGACUCUUAUCGUAAGAAAGUGGUAUUAGAUGGUCAGGAAUGUCAAAUUGAUAUAUUAGAUACAGCAGGUCAAGAAGAAUAUGCAGCUAUCCGUGACAAUUAUUAUCGUUCUGGUGAAGGGUUCCUUUGUGUAUUUUCAGUUUGUGAACAAGAAUCUUUAGAGCAUACACAUGAAUUCAGAGAUCAAAUACUAAGAGUCUUGGACGACGAAACGAUACCAUUCAUAUUGGUGGGCAAUAAAGUAGAUCUAGCUCAUUUACGUAAAGUAUCUGCUGCAGAUGCCAAGGCCUUAGCUUCAGAAUGGCGUUGCUCCUACGUAGAAACUUCAGCAAAAACCCGACAAAAUGUAGAGGAAGUCUAUACGAUGUUAAUGAGACAAAUUCAAGAUAGAAAGGCUAAACAACAACAAGCAAAUAGUCCAGAUAAAGACUCAUGUUGUAUUAUUCUUUAAUAUAAUGUAAAUUGAGCAGAACCUCGAAUUCAGUGCAUUCAAAAGAGGCUGUCAAAAUUGAGGAAUUCUGCUCUAUACGAUAAUUGAGCCUACAUUACACAGUCAGAAUAUCACUUACAAGUACACAACUCAUGCCUUCUUACACAUUAUAUCAUUUUCAAGCUACAUUAAUUCGCAAAACUCACUUUCAACAAUCCACGACUAUAUAAAUUGCAGAUGCCAACUUUGCCUGUUCCCAUCUUUUUUAUUUUUCUUCGAAUACUUCCAGAAAAAAAGAGUUCCAUACUUUAAUUCAUUAAAAUCCAUCCUUUUACGAAACGGUAAAUAGC